AUGUAUCUCCGUCCCGCCCAGCCUUCGGACGAGCCAGCCAUAGUCGCAUUAUGUGCCCGCGCCUUUUACAACGAGGACCUAUUUGGUCGAGUCAUGCACCCACAUAGAGAUCAGUACCCCGACGACUUGCAAAUCUACUGGCGGGGAGUCGUCCGUCGCGACUGGGCAAAUCCGCGCAACAGGGUCUUCGUCGUCGUGCGUCCCAUCGAAUCCCAACAGUCUCAAGGUGACGCCAAAGAAGAAAAAGAAGAAAUAGUCGGCAUGUCAAUCUGGCAGCGUCAAGGUAACGACGCAUUCGCCCAAAAAAUAAUACAAGAACACACCGACCCAACCCCUCUCUUCGCACCCGUCUCACCCCGCGAAAACCGCGCCGCGGACCCCACCAAAAAAGACCACCUCGCAAACUCUGUAAAAUACACCCAGCACUACUGGUCAGGCCCCCAUGCAGAGAACUGGUACCUCUCCCUCUGCGCCGUGGACCCCGCACACGCCGGCCGCGGCUACGGGCGCCUGCUCGUACAAUGGGGGCUUGAGCGUGCGCGCGAGGAAGGGGUCGAUGCGAGUGUUGUUUCGAGCGAGGGGUCGCCGCCGUUUUAUCUGCGGUGCGGAUUCGAUGAGGUGGUGGGGAAUGCGCAUGAGGGCGAGGGGAAUCCGCUGAAGGUGGAUAAGGUCAGGGGUGGGGAUAUUCUGUUCAUGUGGGGUGGUAAGAAGGAGUGA